UGCCACUAUAUCUCUCUUUUUCUUUCCUUUUCCACAUUGCUUCGUUGCACGAGAAGGUAAGCCGUCUUCCCCGCUUUCAUGUACGAUUCCGGGUUUCUUUCACAUGAUCGCGCUUUCUUCCACGCUCUUUCCUUGAUGCAAUGGGCGUUUCUUCCUUUUCCUCUUCCCUUACUCAGAACUCACCACUUUGCCUUGCUCAAAAUUGAACCUUCUUACACUCUGUUUUCAUUGCUACUCUGGGUCCAGUUAAAUCUAAUACCAUGGUAUCCAGUUCUUCCACGAAAAGCUAAAGCCAUCUUCCAAACGCUUUCCUCGAUGAAAUGGGCGUUUCUUCCCCGAAGUUUCAGACGCAAAUCACACCCAUUUACUCUACUUAUUUUUAUCCGCCGCUUCCUCUUCCCUAACUCAUACUCACCACUUGCCCUCGCUCAUAGCAAGCCUCCUUACAGACCGUUUUCAUUGCUUCUCUGUGUCCAAUUAAAUCUAAUAUCAUGGCGUCUAGUUCUACCCCAUCUGGUCGACCAGAGAGGAAGCGUGAUACCGCUGGCUGUUUUCAAGAACUCGCACCAUCUGCAUCUACCUCGGGUUCAUCUGCAUCUAAGCCGGUUUUCGAUGUUUUCAUUAAUCACCGUGGACCAGAUGUCAAAAAGACUUUAGCCAGCAGAAUCUACAAUAUUCUCCGUGAAAGGAAGGUGACAGAUUUUUUAGAUUCAGAAGAGUUGGAAUAUGGCGAUUUCUUGCCUAAAAAAAUAGAAGCAGUAAUCCGCAGUGCUACUCUUCAUAUUGCAAAUUUUUCAAAGAAAUGUGGAGAAUCACCUUGGUGUUUAGCAGAGCUCUCAUGCAUGCUUAAAAGUGGCGUCAAAAUUGUUCCCAUCUUCUACUAUGUAGAUCCUACUGAUCUCAGAUAUGUAGCUCAAAGGAAAGGAAUCUAUGCCGAUGCCUUUAACGAGCAUAAAAAGAAAUGUAGAUAUAGCCCAAAAAAGCUCGAGGAGUGGGAAGAAGCACUCUACAAGGCCUCUUUUUACAGUGGCCAAAUCAUCAAAAGUAUUGUGUAAGUACCACAGCUUGUGUCUCUUUAACAAACAUGCGUUACUUUUUAUAUCUAUGUAAUUUAACUUUUGGCAUGCACGCCUAUUAGUAGUUUGAUGUUUCAAUGCUUUUUACUUGUUGAGAGAUGAGCUAGGGCUGUACCCGAAAAUUCUGAAAAGUGUACAGAAAGAAAUAAGCAAUGUGCCCCUACUAGUCGCUAAAUAUCCGGUAGGUCUCAAGGAAGCAGUAGAAGACUUUGAGAAUACAUUCCAACUUGAACAGGGUGAUCAGGGUGUCCAAAUUGUGGGUAUAUGGGGCAUGAGUGGUUUGGGAAAGACCACGCUUGCCAAAGAAAUAUACAACAAAAGAUCUUCUUCCAUGGAUAGCUCUAGUUUUAUUGUUGAUAUCAGAGAAGCCAAAAGUAUGUUGGAGAAAAAGCAGAUUGAACUCCUCAAAGGCCUUGGUGUGGAUAAAUCAGUUGACAAUGUAGAGCAAGGUAAGGCUAUUCUUGCCAGGAAUUUGGGAUCUUUUAGGGUGCUCAUUGUUAUGGAUGAUGUUGAUCAUGUUGAUUAAUUGGAUGCUCUGAUACCGGCAAAAGAAAAUCUUGGAAAGGGAAGUCUCGUCAUUGUUACAACACGCGAACGUGAAGUGCUUAAAUCGUGGGGUAUAUCAUCUGUGUAUAAAAUGAAAGCAUUAGAUCCAUGUAACGCUGAGCAAUUAUUUUGUUGGCAUGCAUUUUUACAAUCCUCUCCUCUUGAUGGAUUUGAAGAGCUUGUUGAAGAAUUCGUAGAGGCUUGCAAUGGAUUGCCCCUAUCUCUCAAGAUAUUUGGAGGGCUGUUAUAUGGAAAUCUCAAGAUAUUUGGAGGGCUUUUAUAUGGAAACCUCAACAAAAAUUAUUGGGAGUCUUUGCUGCAUAAGAUUUCUAGAAUAUUACUCACUGAUAUCAAAGAGAGACUCAAAAUAAGUUACAAUGCCUUUGACGAUGGAAAAAAGAGGCAUUUCUUGAUAUUUCUUGCUUUUUUAUAGGAGAAAAGGAAAGUUUGGUGAUUGAAGUCUUGGAAGGAUCAGGGUGGAGUGGUCUGUACACAUGGGAAAGACUUGUAACUAAAUGCUUAGUUGAGGUUGAUGAUGAAAAGUGUAUAAGGAUGCAUGAUCACUUACGAAAUGGGAAGAGAAAUCGCAAGUCAACAUUCACCCUCCCGAAUUUGGUUAUCCCAGCAGAUUAUUAAUUAUGCCAAUAAAAAAGAGGGAAGAAAUUGUUGGUGUUGGAAAUAAGCCACACCCAGACCGACGAUGGAUUGAUGCAAGAGGGGCUAGUAGCUCAGUGGUAGAACACUCCAGCAGUGCAUGGAAGGUCCUAGGUUCGAGUCCUACCUGGUCCAUGUCUCAACAUGGUAUCAAAGCCAGGCUAGGAGCCCCAAGCACUCAAGAGGUGUGGCUUAAGGGGGGGUGUUGGUGUUGGAAAUAAGCCACACCCAGACCAACGAUGGAUUGGUCCAAGAGGUGCCAGUAGCUCAGUGGUAGAGCACUCCAGUAGCGUAUGGAAGGUCCUAGGUUCUGGAAAGUCCUAGGUUCGAGUCCUAGCUGGUCCAUGUCUCAACAGAAAUAACAUUCAAGGAAUUACAGCUGUCACAACUAGAAUGGAAGAGUUUUGUCAUAUAGAGUAUGUUUAUCCAUGUUUUCUGUUUCUCUACCUAUUUCUACUAAUUUUUAUUGUUGAAUUUUUUUUUGGCAUUAUGUAUUCAACAAUGAAAGGCCUUCCGAAUAAUGUAGGAAUGAGGUUGAUUAAUUAGUGAGUUUGUUGAGUUUCGUCACUGCUGCUAGCAGGAGGAACUGGCACCCUAUUUAGCUGGACUAAAGCUUCUGGUGAUGAGAGCAGAUUAUUUUAAUCAAAUAAUCAAUGAAGAAUCAAGAGAGCUGGUCUGGUUUCGCUGGUUUUAUAUUGGGCAGAGAAGUCUUCCGCCACAACUCUCAUUGAAAAAUUUGAGGGUUUUACAACUCGAGCAAGGCUACAACGGGAAACACCACUUAGAAGAGUUGUGGGAGGCUAAGAGUGACGUAAGUAGUCUCCCAUUUCUGCUCUAUUAAAUCUAUAUUUCAAUUUUAUCAAAUAAUUGUAGUAUGUGUUACAUUUGUCUGGUUGGAAAUUCGCUACAGGCCCCCCUACAGUUAAGAGAGUUGAUUAUAUCUAGUUGAAGAAAUUUGCCAUGUGCAAUUGCUGGAGCAUCUCACAUUAUCGGGUUGUCAAAUGCUCUCAUCACUACCCAAUAGUUUCGGCAAUUUGGCAAAUUUGCAAUAUCUAGAUUUGUUUGGGUGCCAAAACUUGAAGAGGUUACCAGACUCUUUUAAGAACUUGGUGCUACUGGAAUAUCUCAAUUUAAGAAAAUGUGGAGAGCUCAUACUUAGGUCAGAUGAUUUUCAAAAUAUUACGAAGUUGGAGUUUCUGGAUCUUUCUAGGUGCAAUCAAUUGGAAGAGUUGCCUCGUCACAUCACAAAUCAGGUAUUUUUGAGAGAGUUCUAUUUAUAUGGUUUGCUAAGGGAGAUUAAAAUCGAUCAACUAAGCAGGCUACAAAAGAUGGUAAUAGGGAGUGAGUUGUUGAUAAGUUUACCAAACUCUCUUGGAGAUUCGGUCUCCUUGAAAAACCUUUCACUUUCGGAUUGUUACAAUCUGAAAUCUUUGCCGACCUCUUUUAAAAAAUUGUCCUCCUUGACUAGGCUUUCAAUUAGUGGUUGUCACAGGCUGAAAUCUUUGCCGAACUCGUUUGGAAAUUUGUUCUUUUUAGCUCAUCUUUACAUUGGGUAUUGUGACAGCCUGAAAUCUUUGCCGGCCUCUCUAGAAAAUUUGUCCUCCUUGACUCAUCUUUCAAUUACCAAAUGUCGAAAGGUGAAAUGUUUACUGUUCUCUGUCGGGUGCCAUAAUCUCUUAGAGCAUUUAGUAAUAUUUAAUUGCCCAAUCAGCCAAGUAGAUUUUGAGGCGGCGCCUUCAUCUUCUACGUUGAGCAACCUGAAGCAGAUCACUCUAAAUGGAACCGAAGUGUGCAAGAUUUCAAUUCCUGAAGACCAUUAUCCGCUCCUUAAGAGUCUACAUCUUCUUUAUAAUGCUCAUUUAACGGAGAUUGAAUCACUGCCAGUAAAGCUUGAACGUCUGCAGAUACGUUACUGUCUAAAGUUGGAGAAGCUUCCGAGCUUUGCACUUUUAACUUCUCUCAGAGAAUUUAAAGUUGAAGAAUGUGGCCAAAUUAGGAAAAUUGAAGGUAUAGAAAGUUGCACAAGAAUGGAAAUAUUGGGUCUACAUACCCGCUGGGAGGUGUCGAACAUAGAAAGUUUGAAGCGCAUGUGAAAACUGAAGGAGGUGAAACUCAGAGCAAACAAGGGAUCAGCUCUUGGAAGUUGCUUUGGAACAUUACAGGUAAAUAUAAUAGUUUCAAAGUAUAAAAUAUUUUAUUUAUCUUCUAUGUAAUCAUGCGUUGACUGAAUGUUAUGCAAGGAAAUUGCAGAAUUGGCCAGAUGAAAUGAUAAUAUAUGCGGGGACAGUCCCUGAUUCAUCCUCACUUGUAGACUCCUUCAAACUUGGGCUGUCUCCAAAUCUCUCAGUUGUCGACUCCUUCUCUAACAAGGAUAUUUCCUCAGAACCAGAAUUACAUUACCCCAAUAGCACUGCCAUUAUGCUCUGUUUUGUUAUGAAUGGUGCUUCUUGUUUAAAAUUUUCUGGUGGUCAUUCUUAUGUCUUCCGUAUUGGAGAGGAGAGAUGGGCAUUGAUCGUUGUCUUCAUACAACAUUCAGAAUAGCUCGAUGCAGAGGGUCGCUUCCGCCUAUUUUUCCCUUAUUCGGAAUGAAAUGUAAAAGUGGAAGUGGAGAGAGGUUUUGCUGUGAGAGGACAAAAAUACAUGCUAGUGGAGGCAUCAUUGAGACUUAUGCAAAGCAUUUGGAGCUAGUAUUAUUUUAUUUGUAUGGGGAACUGGAAAGUGUGCACAUAUUGUCACUUUUACCAAGCAUUUGGAGGUUAUAUUAUUUUUAUUCCUAAAUGGAAAUCGUGGAGAUAAUUAUGGUAACCUAAUAAUAAUUAUUUUUUAUCUA